GGGCAAAAGGAGACAUAAAAACAAAGUCUUGCCUGUAGCCAGCGAGGCCCGUCUGAUCAUCGUGGAGCUCAUAAAAUCGCUUCACACCCUGAACACCGAGACGAUCCUACACCUGGUUAAAGAAGUCGUGAAGAGGCCGCAUCAGAUCAAAGGAGAACAGAAGGCAACGCUGGUCGACAUUCCCAUGCUGCAGUUCAGCUAUGCCUACAUCCAGAGCAUUUCAGCUGCGGCCCUGCAGGAAAACGUCGCUCCCCUCCUCGGCCUGUUAAGGGAGUCCGUUCAGCUCAACCUGGCGCCGCCCGGACAUUUCUUACUGCUGGGGAUCCUAAAUGACUUUGUCAAUCGUCUCCCCAACCUGGACAACAAGAAGGACUCCAAAGAUCUGCAGCAGGAGGUGACCCAGCGGAUCCUGGAGGCGGUGGGCGGGAUCGCAGGCUCCUCUCUGGAGCAGACCAGCUGGCUCAGCCGAAGCCUGGAGGUCAAAGUGCAGCCACAGAUUUGCCAGGAAGCCGAAGAACCGGAUGACGCAGAUGUGGACGGGGAUCACUGUGAGUCAGUAACUCAGGCGAACGCCAUGGUCUCCUCCUCCGCUCCCUCGGUGUACAGUGUGCAGGCUCUUACGCUGCUUGCAGAGAUCUUGGCGCCCCUUCUGGACAUGGUCUACCGUAGCGAUGAGAAGGAAAAAGCUGUUCCCCUCAUCUCACGUCUCCUCUAUUAUGUUUUCCCUUACCUCAAGAACCACAGUGCCUACAACAUGCCCAGCUUUGCAGCCGGAGCUCAGCUGCUCAGUAGCCUCAGUGGGUACGCCUGCACCAAAAGGGCCUGGAAGAAGGAGGUGUUUGAGCUCUUCAUGGACCCGCUCUUCUUCACCAUGGAUGCCUCCUGUGCACACAGUUGGAAAUCAAUUAUUGACCAUCUACUGACUCAUGAGAAGACCAUGUUUAAAGACCUGAUGGGCAUGCAGAGCAGCUCCCUGAAGCUGUUCCCCAGUGCCGACCAGAAGCCCAUGCUGCUGAAACGGCAGGCGUUCGCCAUGUUUAGCGGCGAACUUGACCAGUAUCACCUCUACCUUCCACUUAUUCAAGAGCGCCUCACGGAGACUUUGCGCAUGAACCCGAGCGCUGCUGUCUGCGCCCAGAUGUUCUUGAUGUUCCGUGUCCUCCUGCUGCGGAUCUCAUCCCAGCACCUGACGUCACUUUGGCCCAUAAUGGUCACAGAACUUAUACGGAUAUUUGCACGUUUGGAGAAAUCUCUGCAGCCAGAUAAAGAAGUAUCAAAGUUGGCCAAAGUGGUGCGUGGAGCUCUUGACAGAAACGGACCAGUCAACUUCUCUCAGGCCGAGUUGGACAUGUACCUGUCAGCCUGCAAGUUCCUGGACACUUCCUUGGCUUUUCCUCCGGAGAAGAUGCCACUCUUUCAGAUGUAUCGGUGGGCAUUUGUCCCUGAGGUGGAUGUGAGCCGCUACAGCGGUCCAGAAAAUGCCCUGAUUGAAGGCGAACAGGAAUGCACGCCACAUGUUGUCAGAGUCCUGGAAGGCAUACAGCAGCGCUAUGGGGCACUAAACGAGCUGAGUGGGGAGUCCUCCACCGAGCACUUGGAGUUCCCCCUCCUCUUUCAGGCCUCCCUGUCCUCCAUCACCCAGCUCCUGCCUUUCCUACGCACCCUUUGCUGUUCCUUCCAGGCCCCUCCCGCCUGCAGCCAGCCUGCUGCCCACUUCCCCGUAGCCGACUACCCCGCAGCCAGUUCACACACCGUCCUGCACAGACUCGAGGACAUCAUUGAAAACGAGUUCCUGGACUCCAUGGAAAGUUAAAAGCUGAGCUUCUUCAGCAGCAGACGUGGAAAAAGACCUAAAAUGGGCACAGCCAGUGAUUAUGUUGUGUUGUGAAGUUGUGGUAAAGGAAAGGUUCUGGAAAUGUGAUUUAAAAAAAUAUUUUAGCCUUUCUGGUUGCAUCCCUGGAUGCAUUUCUGAACUGCUUUUACUGGGAAAAACUAAGGGACUCUGUGGUUUUUGUAUCCACUGGGCUUUUAAUGUGAAAAAAUAUGAAGGAAUUAAGCUUUGUUUUUGUCCAAAGAAGAGAUAUUGCCACAGCUUAAAGUCACUAAUUUAUUAUGUUUAAUGUCAAUAAAGGCAGCCAGGUAUCCUUGAGUCAGGUUACUUAUGGACUAAUCAAGGCAUGCAACUUAUGAUCAUGAUAGUACAGUCAACAGAUUUUAGUCCAGCAAAUAAAAAAAAAAGUUACUGUGAAGAACCGUAUUAGGCGCCAAUAGUGUUUUCCUUAACUACUCACCUGCUGUCUGUUUCUUCAGGUAUAACAAUCUGUCUUAAGAAUGUAAAACUCAAGAUCUUAGAAAUGUAUCUUAAUUUAUGCCACAACUUUUCUGGGUAAGCAGAGGAAUGUGCUCCGUGUGCAUUGGGGAAACUCUUUGAAAAUAAUGUCUGUGCCUCAACCUAAUACGUGCUUGCAGUUUUUGGUGAUCAAGGGAAAUCCAUUGAACUUUCCUAGUUUUUAUUCGUGCAUAGUUUUUACAGCUGCCAAUGUCUGUUUUGUUCCUGCACAUCUGAAUGUUCCUGUAAAUUGUUCAUGUUAAAAGGACCACGUCAAGUUUUGAUGCAAUACAAAAAUAAAACAACUCAUUAAAUUAAA